GUAUCGUCUAGAACUUGCAGCACAGCAAGUCCCAAUUUGAUCGUAUACAAGUAUUAUUAAAUCGCCAAAAAUUAUUUUUUCAAAAUGUUUAAAUUAUUAGCUAUUUGUGUGCUCUGCUUCAAUAUUUUCACACAGGCGCGUUCCUUGUCAACCUACCAAAUGGGGGAUGUACUAAUUGAAAGAUCGGAUGAUAAAUGGAAAUGUGAUAAAAUCGAAUGUCCCCCUGAUACUGAUCGUUGUUUUGUUUCAAAAUCCAAUAAAGUAGAACCCUCAAUUCUAAAACGUGUCAAUUAUUGCUAUUCCAAAGAUAAUCAAAUAUUGAAACAAUACGUAAAUGAAACACCAGUUGAUCCCAAGUCCAAAAUUAAUAUGCAAAUCACCUCCACUAGUAAUGGUAAUGUCAGCUCAAAUGGUGGAUCAUUGGAGGAUUUCGAUGAGGAAAAAUUCAAUCAUGAAAUGAAUCAGAUGCAAGCCAACUUAAACUCCCAAAUGGCGAAUAUGGAUAAGGAAUUGGAAAAUCAAAUGCAACAUUUACAUUCCAAUCUACAAAAUAUGAAUGAAAACAUUAACAAAAACCUCCAAAAUCAAAUGGAUAAUUUGCAUGAAAAUCUAGCUCAAAUGCAAUAUAAUUUGGAUCACAUGUUUGAUUAAUGAUGCCAAGAUUUUCUGUAUUUGAAUGAUAAAAAACUAAUUCUUUUGUUUAGUGGAUAAAUCAGAAAAAACAUUAUGUUAACAUCCAUUUUAUAUGUUUUUAUUAUUAUUGAAUAUCGCAAAAUAAAAGUAAUUGUUAAAGCAUAAUAAUACUUUUUCUUCGAAA